AUGGAUGGCCAACGUCUCCUGGAUGAGAAGAAGAAAAAGGUUUUUCACAAAGACUCACCCGAACUGCACGCUGGCAUUUUAUCAAGAAUCCUCUUCUGCUGGCUAGGCCCCAUUUUUUCGGCCGCCCAGAAAAAUGAGCUCGACAAGGAUGCAGUGUAUCCGUUGUUGCCCGAAUUUAAAAAUGAAGACGUGUAUGAGAUUUGGAAGAAGGCGUGGGGCGAACAGUGCGAUAAAGCCCAAGCCAAGAAAACGACGCCGAAAACCUUUUGGGUGUUUUUCAAUUUCGCCAAAUGGGAGUGGGUGAUACUGUUUUUGAUCCGGAGUCUGGCGGACGUUUUCCAGUAUGUGCAACCGUUGUUGCUAACUGAACUGCUCCAAGCCUUCGGCGCCCCGGUGAUCGACGUGCAAUGGUGUCUGAUCGUCUCCGUGUCGAUGUUCUUGAUGGCCGAGUUAAGGAGCUUCUUCAUGGCCAUUCUUCUCUUCCGAAUGUUGAAGGUCGAGACGCGCAUCAAGUGCGCCAUGAUUCGGCAUAUUUACGAGAAGGGCACAAAACUAACACCAGCCUCUCAACAAAAAUUCCCCGUCGGCGCUAUUGUCAACCUGAUGUCGGUGGAUAUCGAACGAUUAUGCCAUGUUAUUCCGUUUGUACAUCACUUUUGGGCUGCACCACUGCAGCUCGUUUUCGCCACCAUCCUCCUCAUCCGCACAAUCGGCAUCUCGGCAGUACCCGGGAUUUUUGUCAUCCUCCUCUACGUCCCGUUCAACUACUAUACCUCGGUGUACAUGAAAAAGUUCCACAAGAAGAAAAUGACCGCUAGUGAUGUGCGAUUGAAGCAGUUGGAGGAGACAGUAAGCGGCAUCGAAACGGUGAAAAGCCACGUCUGGGAAGACGCGUUUUCGGCCAGGAUUGAGGAGUCGAGAAAUAAGGAAGUGAGAAUGUUGAAGAAUGCUAGUUACAUCGCACGAGCUGUGGAUGCUGCGAAUAUGGCGCUGCCAGUUUUGGUAGCAGUAACAACUUUUGGAGCCUACGUCUACUUUGUCGAUUCCGACCUCUCUCCCACGAAGGCGUUCGUCUCACUCGCUAUUUUCAACAAACUCCGCCAACCCGCCCGAAUUAUUGCCAUGUUCUUGAAUGGUUUUAUGCAGGCCCUGGUAGCCAACAAGCGUCUCAAGGCGUACUUGAUGGCUGAUGAGCGAGGGAGCGAAGAAAAGAACGUCGAGGUUGACGAUAAUGCGCCUAUUCUGCAGGUCUCUUCCAAGACCAACAGUCAUCCCGUCGCGAUUUCCCUUCAAAAAGGUGACCUCGCCGCGGUCGUCGGGGCGGUCAGCAGCGGAAAAUCGACACUUUUGAAUCGGGUUUUGUGGCAAGACACCACUGAAUAUGCCAUAAAAUCGAAUGGCCGAAUCGCGUACGUCCCGCAGAAACCAUGGUUGCCGAGAGGCACCGUGAAGGAUGCGAUCGUGUUCGGGCUGCCCUAUGAUCCGAAAUAUUACGAUAAGGUGAUCGAAGCCUGCGAACUCGGCACCGACAUUGAACAGUGGGCCAAGGGCGACCUGACGAUGAUUGCUGGAAUGAGCAAUUCCCUAUCCGGAGGCCAGCGAGCACGAGUUUCUCUUGCUCGCGCACUAUACCAACGAGCUGAUUUGUACCUGAUCGACGAUGUAUUUGCCAGCUUGGACAGAAGAGUGGGGCAGAAGGUUAUGCAAAAUAUCCUCGGCCCUACUGGAAUUCUUCGGAAAUCCGCAGUCCUGUUGGCCACCAGUGAGGUGGAGUUUGCCGAGACGGCCAACGACAUUGUCGUCAUGUACGAGCACAAAGUCGCCGUCCAGGGCACCUAUCAGGAGUUGGAGGCUCAGCCCGUGUUCUCCAAUCUGAUCUCCUACUCGGGUUCAAAUCAGACGGAUGAGGAUGAGGCUGAGGAACGGCCGCGUACAGGAACGAAAUCGAGCACCAAGUCCAUGUUUGAGGACGAGAAAGCAAAACAGGACAACACGAGGCCGGCCCCAUGGACCGUUUACAAAGCGUAUAUGAAGGCCGCCUCGAAGAGCUUCAUUUUCGGGCUGACUUUCGCCACGCUCAUCCACUUUAUUCUGGGCGCAUUGAGAGGGUUCUGGUUGUCGAACUGGUCCGACUCCUCGAAAACCCGAGCCGAGCGAGCCGAUGAGAGUGCCUUUGAGGCGGAAGCCAGAACAGAAGCCGCCAAGCGGAAAUUAAUGGUUUUUGCUGGAAUUGGAACCCUUGAAGUCCUUUCCAUCGGUAUCGCCUACCUUUUCCUGGUCUGGAUGGCCGAGAGAGCUUCUAAAGUCUUCCAUAAACAAUUCACCGUUUCACUCCUCAACACGAAGAUGUCGAUGCACCGGAAGAUUGACGUGGGACAAGACUUUAACAUCUACGAUAAUCGAACGCCGCUCUGCUUCCGGCAGUUGAUCCAGAAUACGAUUCAGAUCGCGGUCAGUCUUGCUGUAGUUGCCAUCACUACCCCAGCUUUCCUGCUCGCUCUGGGACCAAUUUCGAUUUUCUAUAUUUACCUCCAGAACAAAUACAUCCCGACGAUGAAGCAGUGGAGCAGAAUUGAGCGCUCCCAGUGGUCGCCUGUCAUUACGCAAGCCACGGAGGGGAUGGCAGGAGUGGAAGUGAUACGAUCGGCUUCUCAGGAAAACCGCUUCUCCGCCCAAUUCGUCGACCAAGUCGAGGAUUACGUCCGUUGUGAUUACCUUGAAAAUCCGCUGAAGAGAUGGCUGAUGCUACGACUCGACCUUAUCGGAAAUUCCAUCAUCCUCUUCUCAUCUGCCCUCUGCGUUUGGUCAAUUUCUCGAGGAACUCUUACGACUGGUGCUGCUGGAUUAUCGAUCUCGUUUGCGAUGACGAUCACUGAACAACUUGGUCACCUGGUUCGGAUGGUUGCUGAGAUGGAGACGAGUAUGAUUGCGGUGGAGAGGAUUAAGCGAUAUGUGGACUUGGAGCCAGAGGACCAAUACACCGAAAGCUCGGACAAGGAGCGUCUUCUCAGCGGAGAUCUCGAGUGGAAGGAGUACUUCGGAAGCUACAGAAAGAACGGUUCACCAGUACUCCAUGGCAUCAACUUAAAGAUCGCCGCCGGAAGCCGGGUUGUUAUCGUUGGAAGGACCGGAAGUGGAAAAUCCUCCACCUUCUUGUCCCUUCUUGGAAUGCUUGAAAAACUGGACGGUGAAAUCGAGAUCGGCGCCACCAAAACGAGCACGAUCUCGAUCAAGCAGUUGAGGCGGCACUUUUCUGUUGUACCGCAGUCGGUCCGGAUAUUCGACGACUCUGUCCGCUUCAACAUCGACCCUGAGAAGACGCACUCUGAUGCUGAGCUGUGGGAGGUGUUGGAUAGGGCCGGGCUGAAGCCGCUCGUCGCGUGGAAGGAUGGGCUGGAGGAGAGGAUAAAUAUGGAGGCGAUGAGCUACGGCCAACGUCAACUCCUCGGUGUUUGCCGCUCCCUUCUAAAGGGCGGCGACAAAUUUGAAGGCUGCUUGCUAUUAGACGAACCGUUCGCCUCGGCCGAUCCGGCCGUUAUGGCGAACCUCGAACGGGUAAUUUCCACAUGGUUCCACAAAGCUACGGUUAUCACGAUUACGCAUAAGGCGCCGGCGGCCGGGUCAUAUGAUCGAUUAAUCGAAAUCUCAAACGGGCAAGUCGUCGGCGAGCCACAGCCUGUGAUAGCUCGGGUAGAAGAGACGACGGAGGCACACGAG